UCCGAUGUGUGGUUCGCGCGUGUGGAAGAUGUAACUAUCAUCUAUUUCCCUUGUUACUUGUAUUAAACGAAGCUUCGCUUCGUCAUUGACAAUGUCACGCUAAUUACUUAUAGGCUAAGGACAAAAUCCAUCCCAACUUGUUUCAGAUCUAGGUACUUCAGAAUACCCUGCUGAAAUGAAUCAAAAGGGCUUGAUUUAUAGUUUUGUUGCAAAAGGAACUGUUGUUUUAGCUGAGCACACAUCAUAUUCUGGGAACUUUAGUACCAUUGCUGUUCAAUGUUUACAGAAGCUGCCUUCAAAUAGCAGCAAGUUCACGUAUUCUUGUGACGGUCACACAUUUAACUUCCUCAUUGACAAUGGAUUUGUGUUUCUAGUUGUCGCAGAUGAAUCAGUUGGCAGGAGUGUGCCUUUCGUUUUUCUUGAACGGGUGCUAGAUGAUUUUAAACAACGAUAUGGUGCAAGUAUAAGAAAUGAGGGUCCCCAUCCUUUAGCUGAUGAUGACGAUGACGACGACUUAUUUGAGGACCGAUUUAGCAUUGCGUAUAAUCUUGACAGAGAAUUUGGACCAAGGCUUAAGGAGCACAUGCAAUAUUGUAUGAACCAUCCAGAAGAAAUGAGUAAGCUCUCGAAGUUAAAAGCUCAAAUCACUGAGGUGAAGGGGAUUAUGAUGGAUAACAUUGAGAAGGUUUUGGAUCGCGGGGAGAAGAUUGAACUUCUAGUGGACAAAACUGAGAACUUACAAUUCCAGGCUGAUAGCUUCCAGAGGCAAGGGCGGCAACUGCGGCGGAGGAUGUGGCUGCAGAAUCUGCAAAUGAAACUGAUGGUAGGGGGAGCUAUUCUUGUGUUGAUUAUCCUUUUGUGGGUUUUUGCGUGUGGAGGUUUCAAAUGUUAACGUUGAUAACCAUUGCAUUGCAUUGCCUAUGUUUUCUUUUAUAUAUACAAAAAAUAAUAAUUCUACAUUUGUUUAGAUGUACAAAAUAUAGUUAUGCUCUUGACUUUGUACAUGGAUUGCUGUUGUUAUGUAGCACUACCUUGCCGUUUAAGAUAUGUAAUCAAAGCUUUGAAUUUUAUA